GGCUUAUUAUUCGGUGGAAUGGUCGGGUGACAAACUCGAACAUUGGCAUCGACUAUGAAAAUGGCGAAUCCACUAUGCUAAAAAUUGAGUCGAGAUUCUCGUGACAAGAACUCCAUGACAUUUGUGCAGAAAGGACUUGUACGGGCGGGCAAAGGAGAGUUGGUCAAAUUGCCUACCGCUAUCCAAACAUGAGUGCUGGCGGAGUCAUGUACGAAAAAGUUGUCAUAAACGAUGAUGACUCGGUGAACAUGAUGAUACAGUUCCUAUCUGACAACAGGUUGCGGCUUGCAGAGGUGUAUGUCGAGACCGAGCCAGUCGGUGAAACUCAUUCUCACCAGUAUUCUUGUGAUGAUGGUUUUGCAGGAGGGUAUGGCUGGGGUGGUAGUUCAAGUAACUACGAAGGAGGUACUUCUGCAGGAGGGUAUGGCUGGGGUGGUACUUCAAGCAACUACGGAGGAGGUAGUUAUGAAGGAGGUGGUGGUUGGGAAGAAUACCUGCAACCAACUGAGACUGCCGUCAAUAUCGUUCAGCCCGACGGUGAUCAAUGGCCUGCUUGGGGUCCAGAGUGGGCUGACAUUGGGAACAACCUUCGAUCUGGGCGUUCUUCGCAUGACCAACAAGACGAUGUUAGUUAUGCUGGCAACGAUGACCAUCCUGAGUCGAGCUAUCCAUUCGCCUCUAGUGACGAUGAAAGUGAGGAAGAUUUGAGAUCAGUCAGUGAGGAGGAAGAUACAGACGAUAUCGACGAUAUCGAUGACAGAGAGGUGGCGUUCCGUCAGGCACCAACACCUUACUACACAGAGGUUCCUGAUCAAUUUUUAUAUGGUCAGAACGAUGCCCCUGACUAUCGGCCCAUGCCUGUGUAUAAUCCGACUGCUCCUUUGGAAGUGGGUAUGACGUUCACUUCGAAAGCCGAUGUGCAAGAUGCUUUUAGCGAAGAAGCCAUGCGCCGUAACUUCGAAUGGAAGGUAAAAUAUUCUGACACCAAACAAUUGCAUGGCAUAUCAACGGUGAAUUAAUCACCGUCAUUAACCACAGCGAUGAUAGCAUCACUGUUGUUGUCCACAGCGAUGAUGCUAUCACCGUUUUUGUCCAAAACGGUGAUAGCAUCAUCGCUGUGGACAACAACAGUGAUGCUAUCACCGUUUUGGUCAAAAACGGUGAUUUUCAUCACUGUCUUGGUUUGCAGCGGUGAUAACCAAACUGCUGUAUUUUGGAAAAUAUUUUUAUAUGUACUGUAUUUUGGGAUUUUUUUUAGUAAUUAGUGUAUUAUGGGAUUUUUUCCUAAAUAGUUUGACGACAAAAGAUUCAAAAGGGUGUGUUUAGGUUUUCGUGCAGUGGAUUUUGUAGUGGCAGAAAAAACACUGCACAAUAGAUGGUCUAGGACAGU